AUCGACGGCAGCGGUUUUGCAGUAAAGCCCUAACCCUAGAAGCCGCUCUCUAGGGCUUACUGCUUUCGAAAGCGCCGCGCAGGGAGGAGGAGGAGCCAUGGGGAAGACGCGCGGACAGGGAGCCGGUCGUAAGCUCAAGAACCACCGCCGGGCGCAAUUGUGGGCGGACAAAUCCUACAAGAAGCGCAACCUCGGCAACGAGUGGAAGAAGCCCUUCCAGGGCUCGUCCCACGCCAAGGGGAUUGUCCUCGAGAAGAUUGGUAUCGAGGCCAAGCAGCCCAACUCCGCCAUUCGAAAAUGCGCGAGAGUUCAGCUCAUCAAAAACGGCAAGAAGAUCGCGGCGUUCGUCCCCAACGAUGGCUGCUUGAAUUACAUCGAAGAGAAUGUAAGUUUCUUGCUCCAGAUCCUCUUGAUCUUCGCUCGCAUCUCACCGGUUGGAUCCAACUCCCCAGGACGAAGUGCUCAUCGCUGGAUUCGGGCGAAAGGGUCACGCAGUGGGAGAUAUCCCCGGAGUGAGAUUCAAGGUCGUCAAGGUCUCUGGAGUCUCGCUUCUAGCGCUCUUCAAGGAGAAGAAGGAGAAGCCACGGUCUUAGAAGCCUCGAGCUCGAAAAGAUUCGUUUUGAUCCCCUCCAAUGUUGUUCUUUUGUUAACGAGAUUCCACAAACAAGGGCGUUUACUUUUUCUAGUAAUAGCAAGACUGGGUUUACGUCCAAGCCUUUGACAGUGGAGUAGGGUUUUAGUGAAGAGCAGGGGCGGGCGCGCGCGCGCUAUGAUCCCGUCGCGGAGAUCCAUGGAUCCGCGGCAGCAGCAGGCUUGCUCCUGCCACUCGUGCGCCACGAAGCACGAGUACAGGGGCAAAUCGCACAAAUUCUUUUGCGAGGCGGGAGGAGCGGCGGCGGAAUCUGGGCACUGGAGUGGCUGCGGCGGUGGCGGGAUGCUCUUCCCGGCCACGCCGCUCAAGCGGGAGAUGACGCUGCGGAGGGAUAUCGCAGUGGAGUCUCCUCCUUGUAGUACUGGCGACAGGGCUUCUUUGUGGCGGUGGCCGUGCUCCAUGCCGAGAUAUCGACCGGAGAACCAGAUCGUUCUGCACAAAUGGUUUCUUAUCAAGCUCGAAGAAUCCGACACUACGUCCGGAAGGUUGCAAGUAGCCUUGGGUGGCUUUCAGUACGGGAUGGACUCGGAAUUCGUAAAGACUGGCCCGAUUGCCCAGCGCACUGACAAGAGCAGACUGAAAACUUGUGAUGGAGUUGAGGUUCGUUUGAUGGGGUCCAUGGACGAGGAAACAACUAUUGCCAAUGGGUUUUCAGCCUGGGUCGCUGAUAUAUUCUAUUCCGGUUUCCCGUGUACGUGGGAGAGAGUUCUCCAAGACGACACCGAAGUCUCGAGAAUGACCAAGAAAGUCGGCGACACUAAGCGCUCGCUCGGGGGAUCAAGUCCCUGUAGCAGCAAAGGGGCAGCUGCGAGUGAGAGUCAAGCCGCAUCACCAACAACAGAAACACAAGUGGUCAGCAAAGAGCCAAGUGUGGAGACGAAGACUACCGUUGCUCAUGGCGACACAGAACCUAUUAUAGUAGUGACUGAGGUCCAGAAUGAGGUGGCUACUGUUGCAGAGAUUACUUGCAAAGAACCGGUUGCCGAAGGUGAGGCUGAUGUUGCUGCCGAAGCCAUCGUGGAGGAACUUUUCGGGACAGAGCGAGAACAAGACGUGGGAACAGAAACUCGAGAACGUACAGUGGCAGAACUUACUCUGAAACAAGCAGGUGCCGGAUCUCCGGAACAUACCGUGGCUGCUGAAGUCCACGAACGGCCAGGUUCCGAGAAGCCGCCGAGCCCAAAGCCGAGAGAUACCGUCGAGGCCCGGGCCGAGUCCGUGGUUGAAAACAACGACACCAUUGCCGAGCAGCGGAAGAGCAUAAAGCCAUCACCGGCGAGGGGACGGAAGAGGCCCUUGUCGAAGCCGUCAGGAAAGCGUGGCCGGCCUAGGAAGAACAAGCUUCCACAGGAGGAAGCGGAAGCUCCGGCACCACCUCCAGUGGACUCGGGAGAGCCGAGCUCUAUCGAGGAAGAUAAAGAGGCUCGUGAGCAAACUGAGCAAGCAGGAUCAGAGUUGCUUGCUACUCCUCAAGAAGUGGGACAGGAUAGCAUGAAACAGCAGGUGGUCUCUGGCACUAACAACCAGAUUGAAGCCGGGGCGUCUACUGCCCAGUCGAAACGUACCAAGCGGAGACCAAAGCGCUCCUCCAAUGUGCCCCCGCCGCUGCCAGCGUCCCGUGUGAAGCAAGACGAGGUGAUCGAGGCUUAUGGUUUGAAGACUUCCAGGAGUGGAAGGCUGCUUGUACCUCCACUGGCGUACUGGAGAAAUCAGACCAUAGCUCACGACAAGGACGGAGGCAUCAUUGCAAUCCUUGAUGGUUUUAAGGAGACUCCCUCGGACACAGGCUGUUUCAACUUCAAGCCUCCCACGGAGAAGCGGCAAUUGCAGCAGAAGCUGUGCUCUGCUGCUUGGGAUGUCACGGAGAAGGGAAAGAAGAAGGCUCGAAAGUAGUAUAACCAGAAGGCUCUUGACAGUGUACAAAGACUGCCACCCUCACAAACCUCUUACCUUCUCAACAAGUAGAAUGCAGAUAACACUAGGAGAAGAAGAUCCUCGUUUGACAGAUGCAAUUUACAUUUAUAGUGUCCCUCUUGUGCCAAAUGUAAGAAAUGAAACAUUGCUGCUGCA